AUGAAGGCUUUUAUUACGCUUAUAACUAAUGACACCUAUGCACCGGGAGCACUCGUACUUGCUCAUCGACUACGUGAUAUGGGCAGUAUUCAUGAUCUUGUAUGCCUUGUCACUCACCAAGUAUCCAAUCAUGUGCGUGCUCUGUUACUGGAUCGUUGCUAUACGCGACUUUUGGAUGUGCAAGAAUUGUUCACCACCCGAUUCGAGAAUCUUUUGUUACUUGGCCGACCCGAACUUGGUGCAACCUUGACCAAGAUCCAGCUAUGGGGAUUAACUGAAUACAGCAAGCUGGUCUUUUUAGAUGCUGAUACACUUCCUAUACGCAACAUUGAUGAUUUGUUCUCGAGACCGGCAUUUGCAGCUGCACCUGAUACGGGCUGGCCUGAUUGUUUCAACUCGGGUGUCUUUGUGGCUGAACCAUCCGAUAGCAUUUAUCAAGGCUUACUGCAAAUGGCUGCUGAUAAGGGCUCCUUUGAUGGUGGUGAUCAGGGGUUGUUGAAUUCUUUCUUUUGUCAUUGGCCAGAGACACCACAACAUCGGCUUCCAUUCACAUACAAUACCACUCCAUCGGCUGUAUAUAGUUAUCUUCCAGCAUACCGUGAAUUUAAACAAAAGAUUGCAGUCAUUCAUUUCAUUGGAAAAGACAAACCAUGGCACCACACACAACGAUUUGCUGAUGGCUCAUUGUUCAAACCAGCUGGCACGGAUACAGAGUUUUUACAGCUAUGGUGGGAUACAUGGGACAAACAUUACGGCAAGCACAUUUCACCAACCUCAUUGAUAACCCCAGCAAAUGCUCCAUCCGUUCAUCAACAUCAUCACGAACAACAACAUCAACAACAACAUCAUUACCAUCAUCAUUUAUCGUCAUCAGAGCAAACGAUCACCUGGGACAUGAUUAAUAUACAACCACCUUCUACAGCAAAGAACAAAACCGAUACGACGUUGAUACCGUCAUCAGUGACACAUGGCAAUGCUAAAGACCCUCCGCAUAUCAAGCAAAAGGACAUUCCCGAAAAGAGCAUCCCUUCAAAGACCGAUACAAAGCAAGAAGGUCAAGUGGGGUUACACUCUGGCGAGCUGCCUCAUUAUACAUUUUUACAAUCAAGCACGUUUACAGAAGCCACCAUGUUAGAAUUUGAAUUAGAUCAUAGAGAACGUAUGACAAAAUGA